AUGGACGAACGGGGACACGAUCUGCAGACGCAGCUGGAGUUGAUGGAAUGUACUGGACGUGUCGUACACGAUUUAGUGGCGAAAUUACUAACGACAUACAAAGAACAAGAGGAAUUUCAUACUCUCUUUGCUAACCGUCUCAAAGACAUUGCCAUCCAACAGAAAGACGCGACGCUCGUGGUGAAAUGUUUUGAAGAAUUGAGUAAAUGUAGUCACCAAAUGGCAAUGGAAUGUCACAAUAUCAUGAUUCAACGACCCGAAAGGGAAGUGUUACAUGUGUGGAAUCAGAUUCAGAAGUAUGUAAUUGUACCAAUGAAGAAACUACUGGAAGAUCGAGAAAAAGCUCUAAAGAUUGAGAUGCAAUUGCAAUUGGAGUAUGAGGAAUUGAAGCAAGGAAGUGCUGCCAAGGAAAAGAAAUUGCGCAUGUUGUCGGAUCAGAAACGUCGUGUGGAAAAUGUUAAUGCGUUGCUGGAGACACAUAUGGAACAGUUUGAUCAUUAUCGUACAGAGACACUGAAGAAACUUGUGAGCGAGUUGGCGCGUUCACAGGCUUUUUAUCAUGCAAAAGGACUGGAACUCUUUGCUGUACCAUGUCAAGCUAUUGCAGAGAUUUGCACUACAAGUGGAAAAGGAACAGCACAAGUUGUUCCUGCUGACGCGACGUAA